ACCAAAACAUAAUAAGAUGAGAAGUGGUAUUGAUCAUAAGAAUAAAUUAUGCAGUUAUAAAUGACGUAAAACAGAUCAACUUGUUUUAAAUUGUUAUAUUUGAAUAUUUGUAAGAUAAUCGUCAUGUCUAUUUUAAAUUAUUAGACGACAUCGAAAUGUGUCUUUGUUAUGGAGUAAAAUGAUCUGAGAAAGAAAAUGGCCAAAGUGACCCAUUCUUUGGCAUCUCCACCCCACCAUAUAUUAAUAACUUUCAAUAAAAAGCCAUAGUGAAGGGAUCACAAAUGGAGAUAAUUGGUGAUUAUGAGUACAGCAAGAAGGACCUUAUCGGUCAUGGAGCUUUUGCAGUAGUUUUCAAGGGACGGCUGCGAAAGAGGCCCGAGAAGACCGUUGCUAUUAAGAGCAUCACAAAGAAGAACAUCGCCAAGUCCCAGAACCUUCUCAGUAAAGAAAUCAAGAUCCUCAAGGAGCUGUCAAGUCUCCACCAUGAAAAUGUUGUCCAGCUUAUGGAAUGCAAGGAGACAACCAACCAUGUCUACCUGGUCAUGGAAUACUGUAAUGGCGGUGACCUUGCAGACUAUCUCCAAGCCAAAGGUACCCUCAGCGAGGACACAAUCUCAUACUUUCUCAAACAGAUAGGAGCUGCGAUGAGGGCAUUAAAGGACAAGGACAUCGUACAUCGAGACAUGAAACCCCAGAACAUCCUGCUGUGCUUUCCGCCGGGUAGCAAGAAUCCACCAGCCGCACAGAUCAGCCUCAAAAUUGCUGACUUUGGGUUUGCCCGGUUUUUGGAGGAUGGGGUGAUGGCUGCCACUCUCUGUGGCUCACCUAUGUACAUGGCACCGGAGGUGAUCAUGUCACUGCAGUAUGACGCGAAGGCUGACCUAUGGAGUAUCGGGACAAUCGUGUUCCAGUGUCUCACAGGCAAAGCCCCAUUCCAGGCACAGACCCCUCAACAGCUCAAGCAGUACUAUGAGAAAACACUGGAACUCAGGCCUAACAUUCCGUCAGGGACGUCCCCUGAGCUCAAAGACCUUCUACUGAAACUGCUGAAACGAAAUGCCAAGGAGAGGAUAGAGUUUGAUGACUUCUUUAUUCACCCGUUUCUGCGACCACUGUCACCUGCAGCCUCGUCGUCGCCUGUGCCAGUUCCUGGUCGGAGUCCCAGUAUCUCCUCGGACAGUCCAGCCUCUCUGAAGGCCAACUCGGCUUCCCCACUGUCUGGAAAAAUGGAAUACUCCCCCUCACCACCAGCUGUACAAACACACAAAUCCAAAUCCAGCAGUAAGCUGGAGAGAAUUUCCUCGGGUCACAAAAUUGGGUCCCCACGAGAAGGGUUUAUGAAGGUUGCAAAGGAAACCCCAGAACACGGGUCCCAGGCCAGCACCCCUACAGAGGACUUUGUGAUGGUUCAUGGGACAGAGGGAUCGGAUCAUUCAGACACAGAUGACAAAGCCAAAAUGUCCACAGACGGACGUGUUGAGCCAGCCAACACAGUAACGAUUACACCUACCUCUGGAGCAGCCAUGUUCCAGAAGGACUCCAGCUCCCCCCUUGGUGUGAAUCGCCCAUCAAGCCUGCAAGUGGGCUCUCCGCAAGGGGACAGCCCCUCCCACUCAUCUCCCAUCCCUGUACCAACCCAGGUGGCAGCCUACAAGCGCAUGUGCACCUCACCGACAAGCCCACUAGCACAGCAGGCAAAAGUACUGACGGACACCAGUCUUGUGAAAAAGGGUGAGAUUGAGCGUAAGGACUCGAGUCUGUUACGUGCUGGCUCAGACCCGCGUGUGAACAUAGUGGACAUAUCCCCACCCGUGCAGUUCAGUAUCGGGACUCCGCCCAACUCCUCCCCAAACCCUGGAGCAUGGAGGCGUGGCAGCAUCUCCACCUCUCCCAACAAAUACAGCACUACCCCACCAUCACCGCUCAAAAAAUCAGGCUCAGUCCCCGCCCACUUGUCACCGGUGAGCUACACAGGGCCGUCCUCCUUGCCCACCAUAAUGGAUUCACCCACGAAGGUUCCCAGCACCCUGCACUUCCCCACAAAUCUGAAUGAGAUGCGCCAGGGUGGACUUGUCAGUAAUGCGGCAUACCUGAGACACCAUCCCUACACUGUGCCAGAAAAUCUACAGGGGAUGGAAUUCAAUGGAAAUGUGAUCAAGCCGGGAACACCUAGCAGGACGGAGGGAACCAGCAUGUUGUCACAGCAACUGUUCAAGGCGGCGUUUGGGGAGAGUCCUAACCAGGAAUCUCGUCAAGUGAUUCCAUUUGGUGGUGGAUUUGGUGGUAAGAGGGAGCGUUUAAACUCUGGAAACAGUGACAAGUCAGAUCGUUCUGGAGGGUAUGUGAGGCGGGGCCAGUCGAUCGAGGCAUCCCCACCCCCCACCUUCAUGUAUGCUCAGUCCCCAUCCAACAUGGAGGGACCCAUUGCAUUUGUGGCCCCAGAACUGUCAGAGGAGACCUUAAUGGAUGACAACCACAAUGCAAUCCUUGCGAAGCUGAACUUUGCCCUUGACCUUGUUGAGUGUAUACUGGAGGUUGCAAGGUCGCGGGUAGCUUCUCUUUCUUCCUUCUCCGAAAGUGUCUCUGUCAAACACGGGGAACAAUUAAACGAUCAGCAACCAGUACCGAAGUUUUCCGAGCCUCAGCGUCGGUUGGAGCAGCUGAUCCUGCAUGUAAGGGCCCUUCACCUGUUGUCUGCUGCCCUACAGCUUGCUCGAGAUGAGAUCAAGGCAGGGCGUCUCACCAUCUCAAACUCCGUCAAAACAGUUGUGAAGCAGAUGAAUGAGCACUACCAUGUGUGUGUGACAGUGAGUCGGCAGCUCCAGCAGAAGCUUGGCACCUCGGUACAGACGGCACUCAGUCCCCAGAUAGUGAUCGCCACUGCAGAUAAACUCAUAUACAACUAUGCCAUUGAAAUGUGUCAGACAGCAGCCCUGGAUGAACUGUUUGGGAAUCCCCAGGAGUGUUUCCGGCGCUACCAGACAGCCCAGAUACUCCUGCACAGCCUGGCACAGCAGUCCCGAAAUACCCGAGACAGGGAAUCCCUCAACAAAUACAAGGCAGCUGUUGAGCGUCGGCUAUCAAAUCUGCAAGGUCAGGCUUUCUACCAACACAGUAUGCAAGUGGUCACCUGAUACUUGUCCCUUGACCUUCAAACUCAAGGUCAUCAGCUCAUCUGUGACCUAUGAAGAUCAUACCAAGGUCACUUGAAAGGCUGGGACUUAGAGCACAGGGGUAGAGGCUGACCAUGGAAGCUCAACAAAUAUUUAAAUCUCAGAAUCUUUGUGUUGAGAGAUAAUACAAAGGUCGGAGGUUGACAAUGUGUUACAUACUGUAGUUGUUAAUACAAAAAAAAAACUAUCAUGAAAGUGUGUCAAACUGUUUAAGAGAUAUUACAUAGUGAUAAAAUUAAUUCAGCAGAGUUUGAAACUGUUCACAGUGUAUAUAUGUAAAUAGUUCUGAGAGUAUUGUCACAUGACAUAAUGAUUCCAUUAAUGAUAUUUCCAGUUCACUCUGAGUCUAUGUGCAAUCAAUGUACAGUCUGAUUUGUUGUAGAUAGUUGUAAAUAGUUGAUUAUAUUCUUGUUAAGAGUUUAUGGACAUUGCCUAAAUCAGUGACAAUAUAUCUAAAAGUUUGAAACUUUAAUUUAUAUGGGAGUGGUGCAACCUAACAGCUAAAUGCGAGAAGUGGUGCAACCAGAUGUAAUUUUAGUCAGUUAUGAUAAGGUCUUACUUAUUAUAUUUUUCUAGCUGUUUAAUUUUUGUAUAAAAAAUAUAAUUGAGUUUGAGUAUUAGUUAUAACAUUGUUUCUUAACUUUGUAAAGGACAAGUAUUCAUUCAUCAUUUUGCGUUAGUAGAUCUGGAAUAUUCAUUUUAUGUGUCAGUGUGGUUUACAGUAUAGUUUGUGUACAAAUAGUUGAAAUUCUUAAAAAAAAAAAAUAUUUGAAAUAUAGGAUUUUUUAAAAUAAUUUUGCAUAUUCUGAGAUUGUGCUGUAGUGAAAGUAAUUGUGAUGGUCUGGUCAAACACUGGCCGUAUAUAAGUAAGGUACAGACUUAUGGCUACCCAUGGCAUGAACAGGGAGAGAGGAUUAUGAUAAUUGAAAGUUAGUUCCAAAAAUGAUGUGCUUUUUGCAAGAUGUGCUGAGGCAUUUGUGAACAAAAGAGUUGUGCUGGAGUAAAAGAACUGUGCUGAAAUAUAGAGAAGUGUCGUAGCAAUAAGUGUUUCAGAGUAAUAUAUAAUUAAUACAAAAAUCUCAUUGUUGAGAUGUGGAAUAGUUGGAAAAUAUAUAUUGUUUUUAAUUACAUUACUAAACAGUGAGUGCUACCUAGUUGAAUUUUCAGGAAACUGCAGAGCUGAAGACUUAUUUUGUGCUGUAACAGAGGUGAAAGCACUUUGGACGGCAUAUGAAGGGCUUGCAUGAGCAGUGGACAUAGCUCGUCUCAGUGUUGCAAUGUAAAAACUUGCAGACACGCAUGGGCAAAGUUUACCUCAUCUCCUUAUUUAUUAUUUAUGUAUAAUAAUGAGCACUGUAUUUUAUGCUUUUAUUGGGGAGAUAUGCACAUCCGUUUUAUGAAGUGAGUGAGUGUUGGCUUUUAAGGCGCUUAUGUAUUUGAUUAUGGUGAAAUGCAUUGCUGUUUUUAGCAUUUUUAGUAAGAGAUCUCAGUUUGUAAAAUACCUGCUACGUUUUAACUGUCAACUGUUUUACAUUUUAUUCAGUUUUUAGCUUGACUUUUCGAAGAAUAAGGAGAGCUAUACUACUCAACCUUGCAUUGGCGCUGGUGUCACACCUUGGUUAAGGUUUUGCAUGUUAGCACCUUUAAGUCAUUAUCUCAGCAAAUACAUCAUGUAUUGCAUUAAAACUUAAGAUAUGUGUUUCCAACUAUCCAACCUUUUCAAAUGUUAAAGUUAGACACUAUUUUGAAUAUAACGCAAAUUAUAGGUCUUUAUUAUUCAAGGUUUUGCUUGUUAGCACACAUAGGUUUAUAUCACAGCAACUACUUGAUGUAUAACAUUGAGACUACACGCAAUACUCGAUCAAACAUGCUCAAAUAUAAUGUUAAUAAAACCCUUUUGUUUAUUACUCGACUUAGAAAUUCUGGUUAAGGUUUUGCACAUAAUCUAAUUUAACAGUGAUCUGGCAUGUUACACCAAAACUUAAUCCUUAAGCUUAAAAUGGCAGAAUAGUCGAGCGCACUGUCUCUGUGGCAGCUCUUGUUUUACUCUCAAAUAAAACACAAGUGGCCAGUUUCAGACACUUUUAUCCAAAUGAAAAUAAUUCUGAACAAUAGUGCUUAUGAAAAAUCCACUGAAAUCUAAAUGGUAAGUUAUUUUUAAUAUUAUAUUGACUGAAUGAUAGUAUAGUUAUUGCUGUACGAUUAUAAUAUAGUUUUUGAUCUUUGAAUCAUAUGUUCAAAAUUUCAUCCAGUGAAAUUUGUGCAAUAACGUGAGUGCUUUCAUAAUUGAGGCAGCGUGACUGUGUUGGUGAAAUAUUUCAGAGUUUUUUAGUAGUUUCUUUUAGAGCUGUCUAUAUACAGAGUGAUUUGGAAAUGAAACAUCAUUUGAAUUUAAUAUAUAUGUAGAUGCAGGGUGGCAUUUGUGUGGGAAAUGCUCUCCCAUUGAUAUUAAGCACAACAUAUGAAGUGUAUUUAGUUUGGUUUCCUUUGUAUUUGCCAAUAAUUUAUUGUUAAUUUGUCCCUGAACUUGCAUAUGCUUUGGAUUCCAUGUUAUUUCACAAGUAUGUUGUCGUUCAAGUCCAUGAUAUUUUACUGCCAGAUAUUUAGUGGUACUAUUGAUUGUGUUUCGUUGUUUUAAAUUGCAUACCAGGUAUAAAUGUGCGUGUAAAUUAUGUUUCAAUCUUCAAAGUCUUUCAUUAAUUUUAUUUUUUAUUUAUGAACAGUCUAUAGAAAAUUCAUCCAUUUUUGUACAUUUAACAUGUUAUACCGUCAGAGUAAUCAUAUAUUCACCAUCUUAUCUUAAUCCGAGGUACUAUUUGAAGCCAAAUAAUAAAAAUUAUGUAAUUUUUAUCAACUUAUUAUGGUACCAUAAAUCUGAUUUUUCCUUUUAUCACACCUAUUAGUUUUUACCAGGAAUCUUGACUCAAGAUUCUGCCCACUGUCACUGUAUAGCAUCACAUAACAGCAUUACAGUGUUGUAAUAUAUUGUCAUGGUGAAUGCUUCUUUAUUCUUGUAAAUGUUUGUUUGUGUAUAUCAUAUUUGGUAUAGGGGUGGUCAGUCAGUAGUGUUGGUGAUCAAGCGAUGAAUAUAUGGUCAAAAACAACCUUAAAUGCUUCCGAUUCAUGUAACAUCCAUCAGGGUAAUAUUAUCAAUGAACGUAUCUUUUGGUCAAAUUGACAGAUCUUUUUUUCGUGUUGUAAUGAUAUAUUUUUUAAACAAAUAAAUUUAGCUGAAAAAUGCUACACUUAAUUGAUUUAAAUAUGCAAGAUAAAAUUCUAAUUCGCUAAAUAUUAAACUGAAAAUUUUUGAUUGUGCAAGAUUUGUUGUACGCUCGUUGAUAACAUGAUCCCUCGAUGCUCAACGGAUAUAUUACACUGAAAGUAAAUAGUAUGUGUAUUUUAAGGUAUGUGUAAGCCUGCAUUCCGAUGUCUGCUUUCAUCAAUAAGUAAUGGCAGAAGUUGUUGAUUCAAUAUGUUUCUGAAGGAGAGUAGUUAAAACUCCUGGCUGGAAGUUUGCCACUUACUGUGGUUCGAUUGUAAAAUGCUGAUGUGCAUUUGUUUGUUAACAUCAAAGUGGGGAAGGCUUUUGGUAGUGGUAUAUGUUUGAAGUGCAAUUUGAUAUGUCUCAGAGGUUAAGAUGUAGAAGUAGUUAAGGAUUGGAUUCACUCCGGUGAUUCUGUCAUUUUUUUGUAAACUGGUAUAUGAUUUCUUGCCGUUAUACUUUAAUAUGGUCCACAAAAGAAGAAUGAUUUGGAAAUAUUUCUCAUCAAAUAUCUAUUUUCAUCAACACAAUUGGACUAAAGUGUAUUUAUUUCAUUAAUUAUUAUGCCUAAUUUGGUUUUGUUUAUGCCUGUCUGAAGUGUACUUGAAAUAUUCCUCAUAUUUUAAUGUGUAUUAAGGGCCAUUGUGCUUAAUGUUGUGAUCGUUUUCUUGAUAAAAAAAGUCAAUAAAAUAUGCAAACCUG